AAGAAGUAUGAGAAACAGCAUCAAUUCGAAGUUGUUAUAAACAAGGAUCAUAAUAGCAUCUCCUCAACACUACCUCAUUGGGAUCCUGUUCUCUUCCACAUAACGGCUCAUUCAGUCACUUAACCCUCUGCUUUCCGCCUUCUGGCUUUUUACUACCCUGCCACAUGUGCUGUCACCUCAAAUACUUACACCUCAUAUCUGCCCCUUUAUACGCACUGCCCCUUGCCUCCUAUUCUCACGUCUAAGUUUUCCACUCACUCAACUUUAAUUUCGUUACUACCCCUACCCUUUCCUUUUCCACUCUCUCCCGUGCUGCCGUGCCUAAGUGAGCCAUGACUGAGCCUGAGUUGCUGACAGAAGUUCCAGCGGCGUUGAAGCGGCUUGCCAAGCAGGUGGUACGAGGUUUCUAUGGUGUGGAGCAUGCGUUGGCACUGGACGUCUUGAUCCGCCACCCGUGCGUACGCGAGGAAGACAUGCUGGAACUGCUUAAAUUCGACCGCAAGCAGCUGCGUUCGGUGCUCAACACGCUGAAAGGCGACAAGUUUGUGAAGUGCCGCAUGCGCGUGGAAACCGCGCCUGACGGCAAGACGACGCGACACAACUACUACUUCAUCAACUAUCGGCUUCUGGUCAACGUUGUGAAGUACAAACUGGACCACAUGCGUCGGCGCAUCGAGACGGAUGAGAGAGACUCCACUAACCGCGCCUCGUUCCGUUGCCCCUGCUGCCUCAGUACAUUCACCGACCUGGAAGCCAACCAGCUGUUUGACCCCAUGACUGGAACCUUCCGCUGCACGUUCUGUCAGACGGAGGUAGAGGAAGACGAGUCUGCCGUGCCGAAGAAAGACGCCCGGACGCUGGUGGCCCGUUUCAACGAACAGAUCGAGCCUAUCUAUGUGUUGUUACGGGAGACGGAAGACGUCAACCUAUCGCACGACCUCCUGGAGCCUGAGCCUGCUGAAAUCCCCGCCCUGAAACAGAGUCGGGAGCGGGCGUCUCAGGCGGCGGCAGCGGCGGCGGGCGCCAUGCCCAAACGCGAGCAGUGGCAGUCGAAGGGGCCGUCGUACGCGGACCUGUACACGCAGAACGUGGUCAUCAGCAUGGAGGACCAGGACUCCCAGAGUAGACAGGCCAUGGAGAGCAAAGCCCCCAAAGAGAGGCCCAUCUGGCUGACGGAGAGCACCGUACAGGGAGCCUACAGCGAGGCCGACACGCUCAAGAACCCUGGAGAGGACUCGGUAGAAGCCCAGGAAGGCGCGGCAGGUCGCGGCACGGCGCAAGACGAAAACGAAGAGGUCAUGCUCGCCCUGCUCAUCCACGAGAAGAGGGGCGGAGCCGGCCCGGCCCCCGGGGCGGCGGUCUCCAUGGCGACGGCGUCGGCGGCCAACCCCAGCGACUCGGAGAGCGACACCAGCGAGUCGGACGAGGAGUCCCCGAUGCGGGGCCCGGCCCACGCCGCCUCGUCGUCCCUCCUCAGGGCGGGGAGACGGGAGGAGGAGGAAGAGGAGGAGGAGGAGGAGGACGACUUCGAGGAGGUGGGGGACGAGCCCGUGGUGAUGGUCGGGGGACGUCCGUUCUCCUACCGGGAGGUGAGCCAGCGGCCGGAGCUGGUGGCCCAGAUGAGCGCCCAGGAGAAGGAGGCAUACAUCGAGAUGGGCCAGAACCUCUUCCAAGACAUGUACUUCUGAGAGGGCUCGUCAUCCUCUCUCUCUCUCUCUCUCUCUCUCUCUCUUUUCUGCACACUCAUUUUUCCUAAUUCUAGAUUCUAUUUUCUC